CUCUUCCCCAAGAAACUAAAACUACUUAACUAAAGAACAAACACUUCUCAAAGUUUCUCCAAAGUCCUGGAUUAGUAAAGACACCUAGAGAGAGAAGGGCAUGAACAGACAAGUUUCGGAGAGUUCGCCGGUUCUUCAACAGCUGAUGGCGGCCGGAAAUCCUAAUUGGUGGAACGUAAGCGGCGACAUGAGGCCACCACCACCGUUGAUGGGUCAUCUGCAGGGGCCGUUGCCGCCACAAAUGACUCCUAACAACAACUAUCUACGACCUCGAAUGAUGCCAACUUUCUUGCCGCAAUUCUUACCAUAUCCGUCCACCUCUUCUUCUUCUUCUUCACCGUCUUUGCCUAGUAACCCUAAUAUCUCUUCUUGGCUUGAAAACAAUGAACGCCCUCCUGAGUCUUGGAGCCUUAGCCAACUUCUUUUGAGUGGAUUGAUGAUGGGAGAAGAAGAGAGAUUGGAGAUAAUGAACCAUCAUAAUCAUCAUGAUGGACAACAACACCAUAGUUUUCAAGGAAACAUGAGAUUAGAGAAUUGGGAAGAACAAGUCCUAAGCCACCAACAAGCUUCCAUGGGGGUUGUUGACAUCAAACAAGAGAGCAACAUUAACAACAGCAAUGGCUAUCUCACAUGUUCUCCAAACUCACCUCUUAACAAGUCUUGUGUCACAACCACAACCACAACCACAACAAGCUUCAAUAGCAACGACGAUAACAGCAACAAUAACAAUACUAAGUUGGAUUUCUCAAGCAAUCACAAUGGUCUUAAUUUCUCCGAGGGUAAACACAGUCCUCCAGAUCGAUCUUCUGAGUGUAACAGCUUAGAGAUUUGUGGGUCUACUAAUAAGAAGCCAAGGCUUCAAGCUUCUCCUUCGUCACAGUCAACCCUUAAGGUGAGAAAGGAGAAACUAGGAGGCCGGAUCGCAGCGCUUCAUCAGUUAGUAUCUCCAUUUGGCAAGACUGACACAGCUUCUGUCCUGUCGGAAGCUAUUGGAUACAUUAGAUUCCUUCAUAGUCAAAUUGAGGCUCUGAGUCAUCCAUACUUCAGUACGACUGCAUCGGGGAAUAUGAGGCAGCAACAGCAUUUGCAAAGAAGUUACUUAUUUCCUGAGGACCCUGGUCAGCUCGAGAAUGCUCAGUGCAUGAAGAGAAAAGGAGCCUCGUCUUCGUCCAUGGACAAUCAAAAUGCAAAUGAAGAACCUAAGAAAGACUUGAAAAGUCGAGGUUUAUGUCUUGUUCCAAUCUCAUGCACACUCCAAGUCGGCAGCGACAACGGCGCUGACUAUUGGGCUCCCGCACUCGGUUCCGCUGGUUUCCACUGA